AUGUCAAGAACUGUAUUCUACUUCACGCCAGCAAAAAAGAUUAUAUUUUGUGCCGUAAGCACUAUCAUCGCCCUAGCACUUCGCGAUCGGGCUUUCGAGGCGGCGAGCCUGACAGAUGCGGCGGCAGUUCUAGGGGUGAAGGUCCCGGAUCAGGUGGAGUCUAUAGCUCUGAGAUGGAAGGACUCGAUGCUGAAAAUCCCGCUUUUCCGAACAUUUCACGGCAGCAAUCUAUCUACGGAUGAGGCCAUGACCUAUGCUAAGCUAAGAGAUGACAUGCGCAGACAAAGCCUCGAUGCCGGUUUUGAGGAAGCGUGGACGCCCAGGUUUGCUCGGAGAGGAGCAGCGAACGCGGCCAACGGUAAUGCCCCUGAUUCCGUCCGCGACCAGAUGAUGCGUCACGAUCCUAAGUUCGCCACCUUUCACGGCGCUUACCUUAACGAAAAGGUCAAUUUCGAUCUGCAGAACACUUUCCUCGAAGAAAACACCGAGGGGCAGCUCUACAAAUUGUUCUCACAUGUCAGUCUCACACGCGAUCCUCGCGCAACGAGAGAUAUGGUACCCGAAGAAGUUUGGAAGAACUUGCCGGCCGAUCCGGAAAUCAUGGACUUGGAGCGACAGCGACAAGAGUUGAAGGGAGGUCAAUAUCGCGUUCAAGGAAUGGAGAACGAGGCCAAAAUCCGACAAUUGACCGAGAAAAUCAAUACCAAGCGAGACCAGCGCGACAAGAAAGUUGUCAAAGCAUACCGCAGUUAUUAUUUCUACAAUCGCUCAACUUGGGACAUCGAGAGGCAGGCAUGUGGCAUCGAAGACGAGGAGUACGUCGAACCGGCCAUCAGUCUGACAAUCCCUGAGCGGGCUAGACUGGCCAAGAUCUUGUGCCAUCAACCCGCCGAUGGCACUCAUGAUAAAGUGAUGAAGUUUCGGGUCGAGGCAAUUGACCUGAUGGUAACACUUUUCGGCAAAAGAGAGACGGUCAGACGUGAUCGUAUUCGCGCCGAAUGUCGGCCUCAGCCUCACACCGAACAACAACCUCAACCUAAGCCCUUCCCCCUCAUCCUUGAUCGCAAUCAGUGUCCUGAUUGUGUCGGCGACGAGAGGCUCACCGUGGAGGAACGAACAUUCAAGUACUGCCGACCGACAAGCGAGAGUGCGCUGUCCGGCGUGGCGAUGUUAUACGGUGUAAUCACCCUCAGUGCCGAGAUGAUCCGCGAUUGCAGAGAAUGGAGACGCUGGACGCGUUCAGAAAUCAUGUGCUAA